AUGCUGACAUCUACGAAUAGAAAUGUCCACCUCGCACAGAAGGGCAUGAAUGUGAAAGCAACCUCAACAGGAACAACCAUUGUCGGCGUAAUCUUCGACGGCGGAGUCGUCCUCGGAGCCGACACCCGUGCCACAUCCGGUCCCAUCGUCGCAGACAAGAACUGUGAAAAAAUCCACUACCUAACCCCAAACAUCUGGUGUGCCGGUGCCGGAACCGCCGCAGACACCGAAUGGACAACCCAACUCAUCUCCUCCCAACUCGAACUCCACUCCCUCUCCACAAACCGAAAGCCCCGGCUCAUCACCGCCCUCACCCUCCUCAAACAAUACCUCUUCCGUCACCAAGGUCAAAUUGGAGCGUACCUCGUCGUUGGUGGUGUCAGCUUUGAUGGACCGAGUCUUUAUACUGUUCAUGCGCACGGUUCGACCGAUAAGUUGCCUUUCGUCGCAAUGGGCUCAGGAAGUCUUGCCGCGAUGGCCGUCCUCGAAUCCUCAUGGAAAAAAUCCCUGACGAGACAAGAAGCCAUGGACCUCGUCACCCGCGCCAUCUCCGCCGGUAUUUUCAACGACCUCGGAUCAGGCUCCAACGUCGACCUCUGUGUCAUCGACGCCGAAAAGGCGCAGGUGCACCGUGGUUACAGCAAGCCAAAUGAGCGUGGACGUAAGGAGCAGAGGUAUGUGUUUGAGAAGGGGACGACCGCCGUGUUGAGGGAGGAGGUGAGGAAGUUUGUUGUGGAUGAGUCGGCAGGGGAUAGUGCGAUGGAGGUUGAUGCUUAG